AUGAAGGCUGGAAUACCAGCCUUUAUAGCAGGAAUUCUUGGUGGCAUUGGUGUUCUACUGUUUCUCAUAGCUUUUGGGACAGAUUAUUGGCUCCUAGCAACAGAGACCUGUGGAAUCUUUGAACCUGAAAAUAAAACUCUACACACCACAGAGGAUGUGGUUUUGAGAGAGGUCAGAAAAGAGAUCCUCACUUUUCACCAUGAAGGUUUCUUUUGGAGAUGCUGGUUCUAUGGCGAGGAUUACGAGGAGACCAUAUGGAACUUCUGGUUCACUAGCCAAGCACAUCCCAAGUAUUGCAUGCAUGGCUACCUGUUUCCUAUGCCCAUUGCUCUUGGACCUUUCCCACAUCCUUCCUAUGAUGCAACCGCAGUGUACAGAGGUUUCUGGACUGCAUUCAUCAUACUAGCUGUCGCUGCCAGUCUGGUGGGAGGAUUCCUGUUGGUGUGUGGUGUGCCCUUUUUCAAUGCUAGAUUCUAUAAAGUAGGAGGUGGAUUCCUCAUCACAUCUGGAGGUUUAUUUUUCCUGCUCAUAUUUCUCUUUGUGAUGUGGAAGGAGUUUGCAGCUGAUCUCCAGAAAUACAUACUUCUGGAAAGAAGUGAAAAAUGCAUGGACGAUGUCCCUGUAAAUGUGUAUUAUGGAUGGUCAUUUAUGUUUGCUGCAGCUGGGGUUCCCUUGGUUUUACUUUCUGGACUUCUCUUUUAUCUUGUUGGCCGAAGCAUUCUGCCGGCAGUGGAGUAA